AGCGCCGAUAACAAAACCCUUAAAAUGCUGACUGCUUGACCCAAGUGCCCGUAUUAUUGUGUCAAAAAUGUCUUUGUUUCUUUUUUUUAACAGUUUUGCGCUGAAUGAACCACGCUGUUUCUGAGGUUGCUUUUCUUUUUCUAAUCGAUUUAUUUCGAAGAAGCCGCGCGUAUACACCGAUGUUCUUUUCCCACCCUUGUCCUACUUUUCUACAGAAAAUCCCUAACGACACCGCAAACACCUCGCAGGGCAGACUCCCGAUGGAGCUGCAGCUUCCUACAGUUCUCGGUAGUAUAGUGGUUAGUAUACCCGCCUGUCACGCGGGUGACCCGGGUUCAAUUCCCGGCCGGGAAGCUUUUUUGCCCCACCACGCCGCCGCCACCGCAACCAACCCCACGCCGCAAGAACACAGCGCAAAAGACGCACCACGAGCAACGCAACAGCCCCUCGCUCCUCAUGUGCUUCCAGGUCGAUAAGAAAGGAACUAAACUUUUAGCCACCUCCUGCACAGAAACAAUCCAGCCAACAUCAUUUCUCCGCCAGCUCUACCAAGUCCGUUCUGCAUUCACCUUCGACAUGCCCUCAACAGCCGGAAAUCGUUACAGAGAGAGCCAGCACCACAUCUCUCCGCAUCCAAUGCAUCUACCACGUUUCCAGAGCCUCCUUCUCUCCGCAUGGCCGCCGGAGGGCCUGCGAGCCCCAUGCUCUUCUGUUUGUGGCGGAACUGCAGUGCAGGAGCGCGAGCGAUGGGAAGAGUUGAACCUUCGUCUGUGAGUUCUCGCUUUGCGUUGUUUCAUGGUUCUUUGUUUUGCAUGUGACGCUGUGUGCUGCCAGACGAUGGAAAAGAGUUCGGUUGUCCACAUGUUUGAGCGGCGGUGGUGCAACGGAACGCUGCCAUGUCACACCCGUAAGGCGUUGUUGCAGUGUUGAAGGUACACAGCUUUGCUCAUCGUCAUCUGAUCUCUUCUCUUCGCGUUGAUUAGCAGUAAAUGCGGAUCAGCUGCGUCGUAGUCGCUGCGACGGUGACUGUGUUGCUGGGUAACCGACAGUGCUGUUGUAUUUCGCCUCCUAGCGGGUUCGUCUCCCUCCUUUCUCCAUCGUCCUCCUAUACUUGUCUGAUCGGUGUCAACUACGUGCUUUCUCUUCAUCGAACAUGCAAUAACGAUAUUUCAUCCCUAUUUUCCUCAUGCCUUGUGAACUUACACUUCUUCUCUGGUUUUCAUGCGACUCACAAACCUCUUGCGGUUCGCUGACUAGUCCACAAUUAAAAAACUUCUUCUUUCCGCUUACCCUUUCUCCGCAAUCAAAAAACCUUCUUCUGCAGAUGACCGCCGCUGCGAACUACCCGAGUGACUACAGGCAGUGGCUCGCCAAGCUCAUCAGCUUCGACACCGUCAGCCGCAACUCCAACCUCCCCCUCGUCGACUACGUCAAGGCGUACCUCAAGACCGUCGGCGUGGAGUCCACGCUGGUGUACAACCCGGCGAGGACGCACGCGAACCUGUGGGCGACGCUGCCCGGCGAGGGCGGGGUCACGCAGGGCGGCAUCGUGCUGUCGGGCCACACGGACGUGGUGCCGGUGGACGGCCAGAAGUGGGACACCGACCCCUUCACGAUGGUGGAGAAGGAUGGCAAGCUGUUUGGCCGCGGUGCGUGCGACAUGAAAGGCUUUCUGGCGGUGGUGCUGGCGCUGGUGCCGCAGCUCCUGUCAAUGAAGCGCGCGAAGCCGGUUCACAUUGCCUUCUCGUUUGACGAAGAAGUUGGCUGCCGCGGUGUUCCCUACCUGAUCGACUAUCUGAAGGCGAAGGGCUUCAAGGCGGAUGGUUGCCUCAUUGGUGAGCCCACAGGAAUGAAAGUGGAGACAGGUAACAAGGGUCGCACCGCGUGGGAGGUGAAGGUGCACGGCAAGGCGAUCCACUCCUCCAUGGCACUGAUGAACACGAGCUGCAACGCCAUCGAGUACGCCGCGCAGAUCAUCACGAAGAUCCGCGAGAUCGCACUCGAUAUCAGGAAGAACGGGAGGCACGAUCCGCUUUACACUUGCCCCUUUGCCUCUAUCUCGACUGGUAUCAUCAAGGGUGGCAACGCGGUGAAUACGGUGCCGGCCGAGUGCGAAUUCACCUUCAGCAUGCGCGUUACUGAAAUCGCCGAAAAGGAGAGGGUGGAGUCAGAACUGAAGCAGUACAUCUCGUCGGUGGUUCUCCCUGCUAUGCGAAAAGAAUUUGCAGAGGCGCAAAUUGAGAUGGUGCGGACGGCGGACUACCCGUCGUUCACGGGGAGUGACGAUAAUGCGCUGACGCAGGAAGCGCGGCGCCUGCGUGCGGACCCGCAUCAGCACCGCUCUGGUGGUGGGACAGAAGCCGGUUACUUUCACGGUGUGCUUAACAUUCCUUCGGUAAUUGUGGGCCCCGGCGGCGUCGACGAGGCGCAUCAGCCGAACGAGUUUGUGAGCGUGCAACAGAUGGAUUGCUGUGUGGCCACCGUUACUGGGAUGGUCUCCGCGUUGUGUGGGGUGAGCAAGAGCAGCCACGUGUAA